AUGGACGAAGCACCUCGCCUUAGACUUCACAUAGUAUUGCAAUCCAAUGAGCGAAAUCUUCAGAAUGAGCGAUCGUUAUUUGAAAUCAAUGCUGCAACAACAAUGAAGGAAUUGAAGCAAGCAAUCAUUCAAAGAUUGGACGAACGACAAGUUACAAGGACGUUUUAUGAGCAGGUAGUGUUGUCGUUUCGGGAAAGGGCUCUUUCAAACGACUUGAAUACUGAUGAGAGUAGUGUUCCUGAUGCUCUUGAGCUUACUGUUGACGAAAUCCAACAAAUGAACAAUGUGAUUCCAAUCACUCUUCAACUCAAGGCUGCCUUCAAUGGAAUAUUAAGUCGAGAAUUCUGGCACGAUAUAACUGCAGAUGACAGAUUUGAAUUCCCACCGAUAACGGAUCAAGAGGCGCAGAGCUUACAAAAUGAAGACACAGUAGCACCCGAUAUGGCAGUGGUGGAGCCAAUGAAAAUUGUCGCAGGCGACGGCUGUGUAUGGCACUUGACUGGCCGUACUUAUGAGUCAAUCUCAGACGGCCAUGGAGCCACUAAGCUAGUCGAUCAAGACGACUUGUCCCAAAAAAUGUUUGAAUUAUCCUCAAGCUCAAACCUCAAUGAAAAAGUUGCUUUAAACACGUCGCAAUGUAUCAUAGUCGACAAGGAUGGACAACAGCCGUAUAUUCUAUUGAGUCCUGCGGGGAUUGCCAAAGUCGACUCUGUUUUCAAACUGCAAAAGGUGAAAGUAGUGUUGCACAAUUCUGCAAACGUGGCACCAUCACAAGAGAAUGAGCGUGAAAUACACCCAGCUCAAGAUGACGACGUAUUGCAACGAGUAGUGGCCACGGGUGGCCGUUUUCUUCUGCUUGCAGCUAAAAUUGCACUUGCAUUGUUUGUACUUGGCUACAGACCUAAUAAACACAUCCAAGAAAAUUGGAUCAAGUAUGUGAUUGCAGUACUUGUGUUGUUCAAUAUUUACGUCUUGUUCUUCACCGGAGAGAAUCGAGUGCAAAGACUUCUAGAACCCGACGCAGAAUUGGCUCGUCAACCUCCAGCAACGCAAAAUUUUAUUCAAGGGGUUCGUACAUUGGCACGGACCAGACAGAUAUUGGCCGAGUUUGUUAAUAGGGUGCAAAACGAGCUAGUGGGAAUUGUAGUUUCUCGCACUUGGGACUUUGAGUACAUCAUGAGCAAUGAACCCAACUGGUAUCUUGUGAUUGCAUCAAACUUUGAAGAUUUGUGGAAGGAUGCUUUGAUUUAUAUCUUGUCAAUACUGCCUGUUUUUCAAAUGAGACUUUACGAAGAGUUGCAUAAACGGAAACGCAUGGAGUUGAAAAUGUUUCAGGAUAAAGUGCGUCGGUUCUAUGAUCUCGUGUUGCUGCUUGUUCAUGAAUACAAUAAAAAGCACACUUCACCAAGCUUCAACCUCCCAGAGAAAAUGGAAUUGGAAUCAGUAUUUGAGACCCUAGAGACAAUGAGCGAAGAGGAGGAAAAAUACGAGAUUUUGGUUAAUUACUACAAGGUUUUGAAAGUCACUUUUGAUGUAUUCAACAAGCUUUACGUCAAGCAUUUAUCGUUGUCAGAUGAGCAUUUCGAGCUCUUGAACAGGGAAUUUGAUAGAUUUGUACCAUUUUCGUAA